CGUCAGCAGUUUCAUUUGGCUUGUGUCGUAGCAUUCAAUGGGGACCGGGUGCCCUGUUUAUCUUCCCCACAGACCUUUUCCUGUUAUAAACGGUAAGCAACAUGACUUGGCAACCAUUGUGUGACGCAAUUAGGCGUGGCACAGAUUGUACCACUGCAAAGUCUGGCUUUAUGUUCUUCACAUCAGAUGGAUAAAAGAAAACUAUUCAGGGCACUUGUGAUUUCAAAGAUACCUCAUAAAGCAGCCUAAUUUUACCCCUUCUUGAAUCGUUACGCCUCCCACACACUCCCCUGCUUCUAAAUGUAGCAUGUCAUAACCAACCCGAUGAUAGCGGCAAACCUAAUCGGACACAUUUUUUUUCACCAUGUUACUAUAAAUGCAAAUAAUGAUGUUCAUCAUUACAUUCAGAAUGAAAACUAUCCACUGAAACAUUAAAGAGUAAUUUGUGUGAUGAAAUCAAAAUGUUUAUUGUUAUGACAUAAUCUUUUAUCAAAUUAGAAUCAAUGUAAUAUAUGAGAAAGUGUUAUUUCAUUCCUUCUCGCAAGACAUUAAUUGCUGACACCGGUGUAAUUGCAAGUACUUUACAAGUACUGCCAUGGUUACCUGCGUGGAAACCACAUCUUUGGGGACUCCGCAUCUCCCUUCUCAUCCAUAUCUCCCAUGGCGAUAGAAACAUGUUUACUUAGCUCACAUUUCCAACAUUACAAUUGUCUUGAAAAAAAGUACUAAAAAAAAUACUUCACAAUUCUUUUACUGGGCCUGUUCCGAUUAGAAUUUUUAAAAAAGCAUAUUGCUCCACAUGUGUUAUGAGUGUAAUAUAUUUUGCAUUUCACAAAGGAAAUGUGGUGAACGUUUGCAUUAAUUAAUUCAGUAUAGUGAAUAAUAGAACUACAAAAAUAAAUCCACCACUUGCCAGCUGCUAUUUUUCUGUGAGCCAUUAGGGAUAGGUGAUACAACCAGGGCUGGGGGAUGGGUGGAGGGUGUGGAGCUAGAACCACAUAGGAUUUAGGCUUUGAGUACAGUACUGUACAUCCAAACAGUCAAUUGGUGUAAUCCUAUAGGGGACCGGGCAUUUCCAAUGCCGCUGUUACUUAUAUUUUUGUAAUAAUAUAUAUUUUUUAGAAAUGGGCUGGAUGUUGUCUAUUGGGAUGAUAUUUACCCUCCCAGUUCUCUACACAUGGAAAAUAACAGCAUAUGAAGGUAUGACUUAAAAAUAUUGAAUAUACUACCAAGAUGAAAGGGUAUCUAGAGAUAAGUUUGUAUAAUAAUAGCUUCUUAAUCAGCCAGCAAAUGUCAUGAUUAAGGAACAUGUAUUUUAUUUGAUAGGAAAAACCCUAUCUGCAUCUGGAUACCAUCUGUGUAUUUACAACGAGACCCGCAUUGUGAGUUCCCCGGUGUUACGAAGGGUUCCGUAUACUGUGACCAAGAGUUGUGGCGGCUGGCUCUUUUGGACGGCAUGUCCAGUGACACUAUUCAGAAUAGUUCAUCAGAAUGAGUACAGGAUAGUGACGGAGCAGGUGACCAGAUGUUGCCAUGGUUAUAUACAAGUGGGAAGCUACUGUGCCCUGUCUUUAAACCGGAGUGAGGAAUUUAUGAACAAACCUGGAUCGUGCACAACAACAGACAGAUCUAAUUCCAGUGUUGAUGACUGCGACUGGGACAUAGAUUGUCCAAACUGGCAAAAGUGCUGUGAGAGAUCAGGUCAUUUUCUCUGCAGUAACAUUACAAGAUCAUCUAAUUAUACUGAGUAUGGGGGCUACCGUUUCAAUGUGACAGUGACGGUCAAGACAGAUUACCAACAAUUGAUGAACAACGGAGCUCUUCUCAACCAUACAAGAUUACUUCAAGCAAUGGUAACGGGAGCGUUGGAGUCUGUUAAUUUUUCAUUCUAUUACCUCGCCUCAAGGCCUGUGCAUCCGUACAGAACUGGCACGUCGCUGCUGCUCGAAUGCAGCUUUGUUCUUUCACUGCACGACGUCACAUCAAAGCUGCAUUUCCUUCUCAAACACAUACAGGAGGUAUCAGAUGUGACAGUGGAAGAUGUAAAUGAGUGUGCACAUCCUACUCUCCAUCAGUGCUCUCCACUGGCACAAUGUAACAACACAGUAGGCUCCUACCAGUGCGUCUGCCAUGCAGGAUACAUUGAUGUUGACCCCAGCAAUCCUGGAUCUCAUUGUGCAGUGCCAAAUGCCAUCCCCACGCCUGCCACUACAGAGGCCCCACAAUGCUUCCCAUUCCCAAUCAACAUAACCUCGCCUCAGACUGAAUGCAACAGCACCGCGGUUAGCUUCAACGUCGCUGAAAACAUGACUAUGUCUCCUUUGAACACAAGCACCGUCUUUCAAAGUACAACGUACGGACCUACUUUCUCAACCGAUGGGCUGCCUCUGACUCUGACAACAACUUCAAUGUCUUCCCCCAGCAUCAGCAGAUUACAGGCUGCCAACAUCACUGGCACUUCUUUUUGUGUGUACUGGUCCAGCUUAAUCUCAGCCAACCAGAGUUACUUGGUGGUUCUUAGUGAGGGCUCAGAGGUUAUUGGUAUGUGGACAACUGAACAGACCAUGACGGAACUGAGGGAACUGCAGCCGGGGGUGCUCUACAAUGUCACUGUUAAACUCCACACAAAUGAAAGCCAUGGAGGUAUUCUUUAUAUUGCAGUCAAAACUGACGCUCAAACUCUCGAUGCCAGCACUCGACUAACCAACAUCCCGUUCACCAAUGACUUGCACAUCACUAGCAGCCAGGCCUACAAAAAUCUCACUGCUGGCAUUUUGGACGAGAUCUACCGAUCUCUAGACCAAGAUUUAAAGACGAUGGUUAAUUCAGGUCAGGUAAGAGUUGAGAUCCGAAACCUAUCCCCGGGUAGCGUGGUGGUCGACUUCACCGUGAUCUUCAGCCCCGGUCAAGAACAGGACAUCAGAAACACAACCACAGCACUACUCGAUUCACUGAGGAACAGCUCCAUAUACACAAUGGAUGAAAACAACACAAGCAUCACUGAUUUUGAUGAAUGUGUUCCCGCGGAAAAUGAUUGUUCCCAGUGGGCGACGUGUACAAACACUUGGGGCUCCUACACAUGUUCCUGUCUAGAUGGAUUUAUGGACACAGAACCACAAAGGCCUGGGAGAACCUGUCAAGCUACAAUGGAAACCACAACAUUGCAAUCAACGCCUAUCACAUUAUCUUCAGUCAGCACUUCUCAUUUAGCUCAAAGAAUAACAUCAACGUCUCCAGCUCUGUAUAUUAUUGGGACCACCGUCGAGACAAUCACCUCUACUGAAAUAACUACCAUGAGCCCACCAACAUCCCUCUCUGCCACCAUGGUACCAACAACCACGUUGGUAGCACCAACUACCACCACUCCACCUACAACCACCGCAAGCUCACCAACAACCACCGCUGUGGUACCAACAACUGCCACCGUGGUACCAAUAACCACUUCCAAUAUAUCAACAACAGCAAUUACAUCCAAAUUCAUUGCAUCGACUACAUCCACUUCUGCUGAAGUAAUAACUCCCAUGACUGCGGCAACAAUCUCCACCAGAAUGCCAACAAGCACUUUGCAACCAACAACCAGCACCAUUGCAAAAACCCCUCAUGCAUCAGAAACUACAACACCACCCACAACUUCCAGGACUCAACGCACUGCCCCUAUUUUAAACUCGACCUCCAACGAUACGUCCCAUAGGAUGUCUCCAAUUCUUGGUGAUAUUUCAGUGGAUUGCAAAGUUACAGGCAUCACAGUGACAAUAGCGAGAGAGUUUCUUGUUAAGAACAACAUCAGGGAGGACACUCUGCACCUCGGAUAUCAGGAGUGCGGGGUCAGCGGGUUCAAUGCUAGCCAUGCUCAGCUGAUCGUGGAGUGGAACGACUGUGUCACAAUUUCUACUCAAAAUGAGUCCUACUACAUGGCCUCCGCGAUGCUGUUCAACACCAUGGACACAUACACGUCACCCAACGGAACACUGGAGGCACCCAAAUUGCGUCUGGAAGUUCCCAUAAUCUGUACCUACAUGAGGAGUAUGCUCAUGUCUGCUGAUUUUGGCUCCAUGGGAUAUGAAUUGAUCCAAGAUGUGAUCACAAGUGCGGGGAUGUUCCAGGUGACAGUACAACUGCUGAACGGUACCUUUCCUCUACCUUAUAACUAUAGCUUAUCCCCUGAGGAGGCUGUAGUGGUAGAAGUGAGCAUGAAUACCUCAGCAGAAGAGAUCAAAGUCGUGAUCUACUCAUGCUGGGCUACCCCCACCCAAAAUCCGCUGGACAACAAACGUUUUGUCUUCCUGGACAACAGAUGUGCCCUCAACAUGUACACUGAUGUGUUGAUGAAUGGAAAUUCCAGCACAUCUCGUGUGUCUGUGCAGAUAUUCUCCUUUGUCGAUGUCAAUUUGAUCUAUCUGCACUGCCACGUUCAGAUCUGUUUGCAGAUCGGAUCUGAUAUCUGCGUGCCCGACUGUGUGCAAAGAACAGCUUGGUCUUCCAACACCAUUGGAAGAGCAUUCGGUUCGACUGGGCCUCUGCUUAAAUCUGAAGAAGUGCCCCCAGAGAGUGAAAAUGACAGACUCCAAAUGAUCGGACUGUCCUUCCUUGGAAUUGCUGUGGUGCUCUUCUUCGUCAUUGGCUCUGUUUGUCUCUUCUUCUAUCAAAGGAAUCGCAUUGGACAUUACAACUUCAAUCCCAAAUCCAAGCCACUGAACAUCAGUGAUAUUGAGUUCAAUGCUUAAGUCUGCGUUUAACAAGAUUUGCACGUUAGUAGGUUGUUUCUCUGAUAAUGUCCAUUCUUGAUUGAAUUUGCAAAGCCUUUGCACUAUGUCAUAUUUCCCAAUUAGACUUUAGAGUUGCCAACAUACAUUUGUUGAACCCUCCCAUGUUACAAUUUGAAAAAUGUAAUUGUUUUCUAUACUAGUGGUCAGUCUAUACAUGUCUAUACAGAGUUUUGGGGGUCUCAAGGAUCGAGGAUUCCACCUGCGAUAUGAAGCACUUAGGGUAGAAUACUUCAAUUAAGGGUGGUCAAAAAUAGAGAAAUAAAUACAUUUUUAAUUCAUGUUUCAUUUAAAAGCAAAAACAACAAUGUAGUAUCCUUCCACAAAGACAUAAGUGAUAAAGUGCCCCCGCCUCAAAAAUAAAAUAAAAUAAAAUAAAGGGAACACUUGGGAGUUACAUAGUGCUGUUUGAGUGUUCCCUUUAUUUUUUGGAGCAGUCUAUUUUUACAGUUAUUGCUUCACAUUUUUUGACAUCCAUCCAGGCAGUGUGGCUUCAGUUUGCACUAUGACUGUGAAUGUGAUGAGUCAUCUUUCUCAACCAGUUCAAGUGGCUGGAGUCAGCUGAGAUCAGCUCCAGCUUCCCACGCUCCUAAACAAAUGGAUGCAUCUGAUUUUUAAGAAUCAAAAUCCUGAUUCUUAUUAUACACAUAAAUUUAUUCUUAUACACAGUUUUUAUAACAGAUGAAACAUUUUACAUCUGUCAUAGCAGAGAUUUUGUAUGCAUAGUGCUGUAAAUGUUUUCAUGUUUACCUAUUAUAGCUUAAAAUAAAAACAGCCUGUUUCCAAUUUCA